UAGUCCCAGACUUCACGCGCAGAGUGAGUUUGACAAGCGUGGAAAACCUUCUUCGCUGCAAUGAGUAUCCUUCAAAAAAUAGAAGAUAUAGAGGCCGAGAUGGCUCGAACACAGAAAAACAAAGCAACCGCUCAUCAUUUAGGACUAUUGAAAGCGAAGCUGGCUAAACUUAGACGCGAGCUAAUUCAACCAAAAGGCGGCGGUGGCGGUCCUGGCGAGGGAUUCGACGUGGCAAAGACUGGAGACGCAAGAAUUGGAUUUGUUGGGUUUCCAUCUGUUGGGAAGUCUACUCUAAUGACGAACUUGGCUGGUGUUUACUCAGAAGUGGCUGCUUAUGAAUUCACUACUCUCACGACUGUGCCUGGAGUUGUGAGAUAUAAGGGAGCAAAGAUACAGUUGUUAGAUCUACCGGGUAUUAUAGAAGGAGCAAAGGAUGGCAAAGGGAGAGGAAGACAAGUUAUUGCCGUUGCACGAACAUGCAGCCUUAUCUUCAUUGUAUUGGACGUAUUAAAACCUCUACACGACAAACAACUCAUCGAAAAAGAGUUGGAGGGAUUCGGCAUUCGUCUUAACAAACAGCCGCCAAACAUUGCGUUUAAACGGAAAGAACGAGGUGGACUAAACCUCACGUGUUCGGUAGCACAGACUCAGAUGGACAACGACAUGGUGAAAUCAAUAUUAUCCGAGUACAAGAUACAUAAUGCUGAUAUCAUAUUACGUUGUGAUGCUACACCAGAUGACUUGAUAGACGUCGUUGAGGGCAACAGGGUUUACAUUCCAGCAAUAUUUGUUUUGAAUAAAAUCGAUCAAAUUUCAAUUGAGGAACUCGACAUUAUCUACAGAGUACCGCACGCUGUUCCCAUCUCUGCUCAUCACAAGUGGAAUUUUGAUGAUUUAUUAGAAAAGAUGUGGGACUACCUUUAUCUGACGAGAAUUUACACUAAACCAAAAGGUCAACUCCCUGAUUACACGGCUCCUAUUAUUCUUACUGCUUCUAAGGGUAGAACGGUUGAGGCGUUUUGUAAUUCACUGCACAAAGGAAUCAUGAAGGAGUUCAAGCUUGCUCUGGUUUGGGGCAAGUCUGUUAAACACAAUCCACAGAAGGUUGGCAAAGAGCACGUUCUUGAAGACGAAGACGUUGUACAAGUCGUUAAGAAGUAGAGACACUUUACAGAACAGUUGCAAUUUUAUUAUUAAUGUUGAGCGAAUGUGACAAGACAAUGUGACAUACAAUACAACUGACCAACUGACAUAUGGACUCUACCAUACAUGUACAUGUACUACCUACUCAGUACUUGUGUACCCAAUUAACUUCUAGUUUGUUGACUGGUUGGGAAAUUGGCAGUACAGUAAGUA